GCGAUUGGUUUUUGAUUGAAAACUAUGGUCUACUAUUAAAACGAAGGUAAAAGGAAUUGGUUUUGACUCUUGAAUAAGAAGGAUUCACCUGGGUGUAGCUCCCCGUAACUCACUACCACGACUUGUCGGAACGAUUGCACAUGUAUGGUGGAGGCAAUUGAGAACCGUAAGCGAGGCGUAGCAAGUGAUCGAAGAUCACUCUCUCGGUCCCUAGGCCGAGGAAAAUGGGAUAAGCUACAAGGGUAGCUCUCUUGCUUAUUCGACUAAGGUCUACUUAACUCACACUCUCGAAUCGGAAUUUGGACGGCUAAAGUUUAAUCGACCUAGGUGCCUACACAAACAAGAAGGGUUGCCCUACAUUAACCUAGCUAGGAGACAUGAUUUGCCUAAGAAAACCCAGCUUUUCAAGCCUCUUUUACCAAAUGCGGUUUUCUCUCUACCUAGUUUAGAAUGAAAAUUAGAUUGGUAGGCAAACACACAACAACAUAAUCUUCAAUGAAAAAUACCUCCAAACUCAUAUCAAAACACACCCACACACAAACAAUCAUUCCAUACAUUCAUUCAUAUGGUAGAAGUUAGGGUUCACCAACACCCAAGUGAAAAGGAAGCUACUCCAUGCUAGGAGAGAGGAAAACACAAAAGGAAAGGAGAAAAACUAACAUGGAGAUGAUUGGAUCCUUCCUUGUGCAAUGGAGAUCUUCCUUUGGGGAAGAUUUUUCCCAAAUCCUUCCUUGGAGUGAAACCCUAACUUCUUCUCUCUUCUUGUUCAUCCCUUUCUCUCUCUAGAAAUCUGAAGAAGAAGCUUUCUCACUCAAGGUCUCUCAUCCUCUUUUCUUUCGGAUCAAGCCUCCUUUUAUACCCUGAUCGGGCUCAAAUCACAGUCUUAGUUCACGACCGUGAACUGAAAGCACAUACCAUGAACUAUGGUUAAAACGUGUCGUCUCACUUACUUUAGUUCACGAGCAACGGCUUGAGUUCAAGUUCUUAUGACCGUGAACUGGCUUUACUACAGUGAGACUAAAAUUCACUCUGGGCGCCUGCUGGUUCACGGAGAAUGGCUCCUGUUCACGGUCUUAGUGACCGUGAACUCACAGUUCCAGCCAUGAUCUGCUGCUGCUUCCCACCUUUUGACUUGAUUUCUCGCCCUUUCGUCCAAAUUUCGAUCCCAGGGUUAGUUUCACCUGCCAUAAUAUGAAAAAGACCAAAACAAGGCAAAACCCGGCGUAAAACCAAAUCUCUCGGAGAGCAAAUGCCUCAAACGGCUAAGAAAGCGAGGUAAAAAUAUGUACAAUUGAGCCCAAAUCAUUAUCAUUAUAAUGUAUUACAUACCAAGAUGGUAGGAUGAACAAAACAACCCGCAAACUAACCUACUUGUCCAACCCGACCCAACCUCCCCUUAUUUAUAGUCAAAAUUAAAGUUUAAAGUUGGGUGAUAGUUUUUUAUUGUACAACCCACCUCUAUUGGGUAGGGUGCGGAUUUUGGAUAACGCAGCCUGUAGAACCCGACCAACCUAUGUUGAACUAUUGUCAUAAGUCUUCGUAUCCAAAACAUAUUUGUGAGAAAAAUAAGCUAUCUUGUCAUAUUUUUCUCUAGUGGUUUCUCUAGCCUAAUACAUUCUUCAACUUAAUAUUUAGACGUAUAUUUAAUAUAAGCUAUGAUUCACGUAAUACUUUUCUUGUGUACAAUUUUAGAAGAACAAUAUAUUAUGAAUGUGUUAGCUCAUAACCACUUUAGCUUAUUUCGACAAUUAUUUAUGAAGAAACUAGACAUAUGUUUAAGUAAAUUGCAUUUCAUUAAAAUCCAAACAACAUUUAUGCAUAUUGAUACUUUCCUCCUCAAUUUAUUUGUUUAAAAUUUUUAUUAAUUAUAUAAUAUUUUUGUAGUGUAGAAUAGUUGCCUUUUUGUAUUGUGUUGGGUUUUAAUUAAAAGUAUCUCCAACCCUACUCAACCCAAUUAUAAACAAAUUAUAGGGUUCUAAUUUUUUUGGGUGUGGAUUUAAUACUUUCAAAACCGUAGUAUAUGGAUCUGUAAUUAAAAUGACCAAACUCAAAUCACCCGACCCAUGUACACCCCUACAAGAUGGUAUCUAUUUUACAUAUUAUUAUUGCAAUAUAAGUUUAUGUACCACCAUAGAAUACCAUGUAAAGAAUGCUUUGGUUAACGCAUUAGUCCUCAAAAUAUCUUAGAGCGGAUAUCAUUUUGUAUAGUAUGAUUAAUUCAGUUUUUAUGUUAAAAAAUUUAGAAAAUGGAAAUAAAAACAAAUUGAGAUAUAGUCGUUAAAGUCUUAAGAAAGAGUAAAAAAUAUAUAUAAUCAUUAAAAUUUAGUGGAGUAAUUGUGCAGGAGUAAUUAUGUAUGGUACUCAAUUUUGGAAUCAUGUAAAUAUAAUUAGUUGACUACCUCAUAAAGAUUAUCCAAAACAUAAAAGAAACGAAGGAUAAAUGAAAAAAAGUGAUAGGAAUUGAUAAUGAAUAACUCCAUCCUUAACAACCAAUGCAAAUUGCUUUUAUUCACUGCAAUUGCAUGCUUAACAAAAGUGAACAAGAGAAAUGAAGAAAGAAAGGGCUCAAGAUAGAUGCACCCAUCAAUAACCAAAUAUAGACUCUUUAUUUAGAAAAUUCAGACAUAAGGAAUGAGAAUUAAAGACCAUUUUUAUUUUUUCUAGCUUUCUUAAUUGACUCAUAUCUUUUUCGUUUUAAGUUGGAUUUUUUUUUUUUUUUUUUUUUUUGCGCAGAUGGAACGAGUUCAUCGUGCUCUACAAAAUGAGAUCAAUUUUCAAUAUUUUUUGAGAAAAAAAAAUCUGGCCUCUCGGUACCAACUGCAGACCAUAUGGUAUCUUCUUCGUUUUUAAUUCGUUUUUGAAAAAGUUUGCACAGAAGGGACAAGUUCAUCAUGAUCUAUUGGAUCUACAAAUUUCUGGGUGAACAAAUUACAGGACCAAAAAAUACCACACAAUACCAUACAAUACCACCCUGGUACGGGGUGGUAUUGUAUGAUAUCUUCUUCGUUUUUAAUUCGUUUUUUAAAACGUUUGCACAGAAGGGACGAGUUCAUCAUGAUCUAUUGGAUCUACAAAUUUCUCGGUGAACAAAUUACAGGACCAAAAAAUACCACACAAUAUCAUACAAUACCACCCUGGUACGGGGUGGUAUUGUGUGGUAUACAAUGUUAAAAGUCGUAAAUGACAAUUAAUAUACUUUUACUAUCAUGUAUUCAACCAUCCUACAGUCUUGGUUUGUUCAUACAACCAUGGUACGUUUUUCAAACCAUAGGUAUGCUUUUAUUUCAAUACCAGUCAAUACCAUAUGGUAUAGACUGGUAAAAAAUGGCUCAAUUUUUUUUGUUCGAAAAAUAUAUUAAAGUUGAUAUCAUUUUGAAGAGCACAAUUAAUCUGAUCUAACUGUGCAAAAAAAAAAAAUUCGACUUAAAAUGAGUGAGAAAUCGUCCGUCAAAGAUUAAAGAGGGGAAAAUUAAAGGCUUUCCAGGAGAGAGAAGAUGCUGAUGUCAUGCUGAUGUGGACGAGUUACUCAUGGUUACUCACCAUAAGGUUACUGACCUGAUCCAUUCCCGAAAGAAAGGACGAGUGAGGCAAAUCCAACUAGGUUCAUAAUCAUCAUAUCAGAAAUUGUACUCUGCAUAUCCUAACAUAUAAAUUACAAGAAUAAUAUAUAAUGAUAUAGUCAUGGCUUAACCGGUAGUAUAAGAUAUGAUAUAUUGUUCAAAUAAUACUUAAAUAUUAUCUUAUUUUAGAAGAAAAAGAAAAAGAAAACAACAACACGUUCCAUUUAUAUGAUUAAGGGGGAGAAAAGAGAAAAUUAUUCAAUAGACCUUCCAUAUUAUGCAGUAUUUUUAGAUCUUACGAGGGGAAAUGAAAAGCACGGCCAAUAGCAGCCUUAAUUAGCGAAUAAUUAGGAAUUAGUGGUUUAACCUUGCUUACCGCUUUCCCCCUCGCCGCCCAUGCCAUAAUCCUUCCUUCCUAAUAACCGCCUUUCUUCAACUCUUGCUCGCCCGACAUGUGGCCGUCUCUUUCUAUCUGCCCCCUUUCUUCUCUCUUUUUUCAUCUAGAAAAUCAUAUUCCGUUAUGAACGAACACACAUGAGUCGAAGAAAUUUAUUUCAAAACUUUUUUUUUUAUGAUAGAGGUUGCUAAUGAGAACUUUCUACUUGGUUGAUUAAGAAAGACAUAAACGAAACUGUACGUAUGAACCUCUCUAUUUAUUUGUGAAGGGAGGAGAGCAACUGCAAGAAGGACAUCAACAGUUGUGACGAGUUAGCAAAGGCGAUGGAUGACGUUGACAAGAGAGAGGACGAGAUUGAGCUAGAGCUAGGGCUUUCUCUCGGCGGGAAUUGCAAUACGCGGCUGCAAAAAUUCAUUUCGGUUCAGAAGGAGGACCACGAGCGGAAAUCCAUACCUGAGUCGGCUGAUUUGGGUUUUGGGGUUCAAGCUUGCACGAGAUUUGGAGAGUUGUCGGGUUUUACGGGUGAGAAUUCUGAGCAGGACAUGGAUCCCAAGAUGAAGCGCAAAAUUCAGGAAAUGAGGAGGCACGAAGCAAAGAAGAAGAGAGGUAAGAAGAAGUUGAAGAUGGCGCUUUCCAAGGGGAAGCUCACCGCCGCUAUCGGAUGUUCCUAUCCGGCGAAUGCUGUUUAUAUGAAGAGCAUGUAUGCAAGAGGAGCAAGAGCGUCAAUUUCAGUGUCGAGCGGUUGGCAUCUACACCACCUACCUUGCAACGACUCUCAGGCCCGACUUCUCUACAGUUCAGUGUGCCAGCUCACGGGGUUGGGCGAACCGAAAGCAGAGCAAUUCCCUGUUGGUUCGUCAGUGGCGGGUUCGAGAGGAAUCUAAUUUGACAAGUCGCAUGCUAUGAUUUCGGGGCGCCGUUCCAUGUGUGUGUUGAACCUUCUUAGGGAGUAACAAACGUGCAUGAUUCGGAGCAGCACGGUGACGAAGGCGGAUCGAAUGAGUCACUUGUAUGUACCUCCUCCAUAGUUUUGGAUUACCGGAGUUCUUCUCAUGAAGGUAUAUUAUAUUAUAUUAGAUUACUGUUCUUUGGUUCAUAUCCUCAUUCUUCUGAUAACAAUUUAUAGACACCAAACCACCGGAAAAAAUCCAAAUGUACCACUGUUUUAAAAAAGAAUUCCAAAAAUACCACCCAACCCCAAAAAAUUCCAAAAAUACCACCCUUUUUCAAAAACUGCCACCCCACCCUGCAGUUUACACGAAAACCGCUGGGCGGGGCGGUUAUAAAUUUUUUUUUUGGACCAAACCGCUUGGUGGGGUGGCGGUUUGGGAAACCGCCACCCCACCAAGCGGUUUGGUCCAAUUUUUUUUUUCCGAUUAACUCCUAACUUCGGCCGAAACUUCAAACGAACGUAACUUUGCACUCGGGUAUCCGAUCGUAGCGAUUUGUUUUUUAUUUCGCAUAACUUUUCAAGAUCUACAACUUUUACUAGGAUGAAAUUUUCAAAACAGGAAUUAGUUGUGGAUAUACGUGGACUUGGGAAUAACUUUACCUUUACUUUUCACAAAUCCAUGUAUAUUUUGAAAUUAUGAUUAUGUUAAAAAAAUGUAGAUCUUGAAAAGUUACGCGGAAUAAAAAAAAUCAUGACGUUCGGAUUUUGGAGCACAAAGUUAUGGCCGCCCAAAGUUUGACGAAAUAAAAAAAAGGCUCGUUCGGGGUAGCAAAUGACGUUUUUUCGAGACGAAGGCGGGACUCGGCGGUUUGCGGCUUGCAAGAUCUCAAAAAGUUAUUCGGAUUCAAAAAAUGGAACCGCUAACUUUUUGAGAUCUUGCAAGCCGCAAACCGCCGGGUCUCGCCUUUCGUCAAACUUUGGGCGGCCAUAACUUUGUGCUCCAAAAUCCGAACGUCAUGAAAUUUUUUUUUAUUCCGCAUAACUUUUCAAGAUCUACAACUUUAAGAUAAUCAUAAUUUCAAAAUGUACAUGGAUUUGUGAAAAGUAAAGGUAAAGUUAUUCUCAAGGUCCUGUUUAUCCACAACUAAUUCCUGUUUUGAAAAUUUCAUCCUAGUACAAGUUGUAGAUCUUGAAAAGUUAUGCGAAAUAAAAAACAAAUCGCUACGAUCGGAUACCCGAGUGCAAAGUUACGUUCGUUUGAAGUUUCGGCCGAAGUUAGGAGUUGAUCGGAAAAAAAAAAAAUUGGACCAAACCGCUGGGUGGGGUGGCAGUUUUGGGCCAAACUGCCACCCCACCAAGCGGUUUGGUCCAAAAAAAAUUUUACAACCGCCCCUUAGCCCAGCUGUUUGCAUAGAAAACCGCAGGGUGGGGUGGCGGUUUUUGAAAAAGGUGGUAUUUUUGGAAUUUUUUGGGGUUGGGUGGUAUUAUUGGAAUUCUUUUUUUAAACAAUGGUAUUUCUGGAAAAAGUCCCCAAACCACCUAUUGUCUCCUUUUUUUUGUGAGGCAGAGUACUAGUUGCUAGAGCUAAUGAUUCUAAAGAACACAGACAUUUUAUUUUAUGGACAUGGCUAAUAAUUGGCAAUUGAUUGCUAGAUUGCCAACUCUUGAAAGAAAGAGAGGCAGGCUUAAUUCUUGCUAGGAGGUUACUAUUGGCAGCAAAUUUUAGCUCCUAGCUAGCUGGAAAUAGAGCCUUCCAUGGUAGAGUAACUUCUUUCCAUUGUAUUGAAAUGAAAUUUUAUUGCUGGUAUAUGAUUGAGGUUUUGCUUAGGAGUUGAAGCUAUAAUUGCUAGAAAUCAAACUAUUUCUAAAAUGUUUUAUUAGUUUGAAGCCUUUUCCAAUUACAGAAGCAAAACAAAACAAAACAAAUGCAAUUUGUGUAUAGCUAGUGAGUUUGUUCAAUGUGUAUGUUAAUGUUUGGUGAAGCUUUGUUUGUCAAUCAUAAGAUUAACUAAAGACACGAUGUACCUAAAUUCAGGAUGUGGUGGCAGUAGUGAAAGUAUAAGCCAUUCAAUGCAAUCAAUCCUCGAACAACUGCAAUUCAAUGGUAUUGGGAGCAGCCGCACCAAGAGCCAGUCAUUACACACAGUUACGUCUUAUCUCAUUGAAUUCGCCAUCGAAGAAACAAACUGCAUAGAAACGAUCAAAGCACCAUCGAAUGAUGCUCAACCUGACGAUCCUCACAAACAAAAGGAAGAGUCAAGGUCUGACAUAGAUGGGAUGAAUACAUCGAGUGUGCAGAAUAUAGAGACUAGUUUAUCAAAGAGAAGCAACCAACAAGUAGGUUGCAAUCUUCCCAAAAGCUAAAACCAACAUGAGAAUGAUGUGCACCCGACCUUGCCCUACAUGCCAUGCGUAUCAGCGACGGGAAAUGGGCCGAAUGGGAAAACCGUGCAUGGAUUUCUCUACAAGUACACGAAAGGGGAGGUGAGCAUCAUUUGUGUCUACCAUGGAAGCUCAUUCUCUCCAAUGGAGUUUGUGCAACAUGCUGGAGGCAUAGAUGUUUCUCACCCUCUGAAGCAUAUCACGGUAGUCCCACCUACAAUUUGAUGUGUUGGCAUAACAAUGGGGAGUAACUUCGUUUCACUUUCUUGACUCCUUUUUUCCUUCUCUCGAGCCAAACAUUUAGCAUGGAUGAGAGGGAGAUGACUUCUACAUGUACAUUAUAUCUUUGGAUUGUUGGGGAAUCUUCUCGUGGAACAGUUGGAGGAGAUUCAAUUUGCUUUGUUUUUGUUUCUUUUAGUAAACUAUAUAACCGCAU